UGGUUCGGGCCGAGCAUAAAAGGCUCCCCGUGCCUGGGCGCGCUUGGCCCCGAGAACGCAAGUACCUGAGUCUUCUCGUCGGUGCGUCCCGCCCUUGCCCACGCAGCUUUCAGUCAUGGCCUCUGGCAACGCGCACAUCGGAAAGCCCGCCCCGGAAUUCCAGGCCACUGCCGUGGUGAAUGGCGCCUUCAAGGAGGUGAAGCUUUCUGACUACAAAGGGAAGUACUUGGUCCUCUUUUUCUACCCGCUGGAUUUCACCUUUGUGUGCCCCACGGAGAUCAUCGCUUUCAGCGAUCGAGCUGAGGAGUUCCACCAGCUGGGCUGCGAGGUGCUGGGCGUCUCCGUUGACUCUCAGUUCACCCACCUGGCUUGGAUCAACACCCCACGGAAGGAGGGAGGCUUGGGCCCCCUGAAAAUCCCCCUGCUGGCUGAUGUAACCAGAAACUUGUCCCUUGAUUAUGGUGUGCUGAAGGAAGAUGAAGGCAUCGCCUACAGGGGCCUUUUUAUCAUCGAUGGCAAGGGUGUCCUUCGCCAGAUCACUGUCAAUGAUUUGCCUGUGGGACGCUCUGUGGAUGAGGCUCUGAGGCUGGUCCAGGCCUUCCAGUACACAGACGAGCAUGGGGAAGUCUGUCCUGCUGGCUGGAAGCCAGGCAGCGACACAAUCAAGCCCAACGUGGAUGACAGCAAGGAAUAUUUCUCCAAACACAACUAGGCUGGCAGAUAUAUGGCAAGCUUGGGCUCUGGCCUCCAUCUGUGCCCCUCCCUCGGUGCCCUGUACUGACCCAGGAAAAGCCAGACCUGCCCCUUGAGACUCCACAGUCCAUAAUCCUAGAGGACUAGGCCAGGGCCUUCUCAAGCUCCUCUCUGGGAGCUGGUGAAUGGUGACCCCCUUUCCUGGAGCGACAUAGCUGGGUACAGGCCUUUUGGUGACCAAUAAAGUAUUAGGGACAAAUGUAA